AAAUAUCCGCAGUAGUUUGUGUCUCUGCCCCUCCCACAAUGGGGAGAUUUCCCCCAGUAGUUUGUGUCUCUGCCCCUCCCACAAUGGGGAGAUUUCCUGCCGUAGUUUGUGUCUCUGCCCCUCCCACAAUGGGGAGAAUUCCUGCAGUAGUUUUGUGUCUCUGCCCCUCCCACAAUGGGGAGAUUUCCCCCAGUAGUUUGCGUCUCUGCCCCUCCCACAAUGGGGAGAUUUCCUGCCGUAGUUUGUGUCUCUGCCCCUCCCACAAUGGGGAGAAUUCCUGCAGUAGUUGUGUCUCUGCCCCUCCCACAAUGGGGAGAAUUCCUGCAGUAGUUGUG